UUGGUGAGGAGUGAUAUGCAGCAGUCGGUGGUCUCCUGCUCUGUUCCAGUUGAAGUAAAGAGUGUCUGUCUUCCUGUAGGCUGGAAAAGCUACAGGUCACCUGAGGGAAGGAAAUACUAUGUCAACACCAGUACUAAUGAGACAACGUGGGAGCCGCCAUGUGAUUCCACCACCAAUAUGAAGACCACGAGGACUCACAGAAACUCAGUACAUGGGCGUCAUAAUGUUGGAGCCACUGGGAAGGUGUUGGAGCAUCCAGAUGUGUUGCUGAGGAAAACCAGCAUGAACAACCAGAGCCCUGGGUCCACCUCCCCAGCCAGGAGGCAGAAUAAAGAGAAGGAGAUCAAGGAGACCAAAAUCACAAUCAACUGCGUCACUUUUCCUGUGUCCACAUCCACACCAGAGCAACAGCUACUCAAACCCAAUGAAUGGAGCUACUGCGACUAUUUCUGGGCUGAUAAGAAGGACCCUCAGGGCACCACCACAGUGUCCGGGUUCGAGGUUCUGCUGCAGAAACAGCUGAAAGGCAAACAGAUGCAGAAAGAGAUGGCAGAGUUCAUCAGAGAAAGGAUAAAAAUCGAAGAGGAAUAUGCCAAGAAUCUCGCCAAGCUCUCUCAGUUCCCUAUGGCAGCACAAGAGGAAGGGACCCUUGGAGAUGCUUGGGCUCAACUUAAGAAGAGUUUAACCGAUGAGGCUGAGGUCCAUCUCAAGUUUUCCUCAAAGCUCCACAGUGAAGUAGAGAAGCCCUUACUGACCUUCAGAGGGGACAACUUUAAAAAGGACAUGAAGAAAUACGACCACCACAUCGCCGACCUGAGGAAACAGCUUGUCAGUCGUUACGCUGGAGUAGAGAAGGCACGGAGGGCUCUGGCAGACAGACAGAAGGAUCUGGAGGUGAAAACACAGCAGCUUGAGAUCAAACUGAGCAACAAGACUGAGGAGGACAUCAAGAAGGCCAGACGGAAAUCUACACAAGCAGGUGAUGAUCUGAUGCGUUGUGUUGACCUCUACAAUCAAGCUCAGUCGAAAUGGUUUGAAGAGAUGGUCACCACAAGCAUGGAGUUGGAGAGAUUGGAGGUGGAGCGGGUGGAGAUGAUACAGCAACACCUGCGCCAGUACACCACACUGCGUCAUGAGACAGACAUGUUCAACCAAAGUACGUUGGAGCCAGUGGACAAGCUUCUGCAAAGUGUGGACCCCGCCAAAGACAGAGAGCUGUGGGUGAAAGAACAUAAGACAGGAGAACUGAGACCCGUGGACAUGGACAUCUAGAUAACACUGACCUACUGUAUGAGAACCGCGUACACAUUAAACAUGAAACUACCUGCAUGCCUGUCUACCUGAGUACUUCAACCUCAGCCAAAGCCAUACAGGUAUCUCCACUGGAAGCACUGCGGGUUUUCUGGAUCUCCACUGCUGGAAAACGCAACAAAUACAACAUCAAAGCUUUACAGAAGAGUUUCUCAAUGUGAGGAUGAACGGGACUACAGCACAGCAAAAGAUCAGAUUGCAUUAUGAAUAUUGACUAGCCAUCCUGUGCUGUGUUUUAACAUAUAAUCCCGCAUGUCCUUUCACAGAUAUAUAUAAAUAUAAAUAUAUAUAAACAGUAUAUACAGUAGUGAAUAACUUUAAUAUGCUACUUCCCGGUACGUCUCUGAAUAUGAUUACAAAUUGUCAUCAUUGAUAAAUAUCAGAGCGAGAACUGUAAAGUAAAAGAUUUGCAAAAGUUCAUCCAACCAAUUUUACUUUCUGCUUUUUUGGUGUUAAAGUGAAAUCAUGUACGCAAACUCGUCGUCUAAUUGGAGAUAUUUAUGCUUGAAUGAAUGCACAUUAUAUGAUUGUUUCAAUUUGAAUACAUUCAUCAGGAUGCUUUAGAGAUGUUCAGUCCCCCAUGACCUACAGUAGUUAACUAAUUUAAAAAUGAACCUUGAGCAGAAAUAACCAGCAUCAAAUUUAAGGGAAGAACAGAUUUAUUGUAUUAUCUAUAAAAUGUUAUAUUGUUAAAUCUGUAUUGUACUAAGAAGUUGAUUUGCAACAAGAAUGCAAUGCAAAAUUUGAAUGCUAUUUUCACAAACUGCUGGCAAAUCUACAGGCUUCCCGAGCGAGGUCUGAACAGAUGCGUUAUCAGUCAAAUGCAUUAAGGAUGGAGUCGAUAUAUUUUCAUAUUUUUUCAGAAAAGCAUGUUUUGUCUUACUGUAGGACUAGUUCUGUAUGGUUAAUGGUAAAUUAGUGUUAUUGGAGUGGUACUGGUAAGUCCAUUGAUUGUGUUCAUGGAAGACAACCCAGGGUGCGGUCGAAAAAUGUAUUUGCUUUAUCAGAGGUGAAGCUAAGACCCCUUAUGCAGAUGGUUAGGUUAAAUUGAACACUUUAUGAAUUUCUAGAGGAAAGUGUUUGCUAAGGGUGAAACUAUAUGGUGUCAAUCAAAGCUGGAUUGCAGUUUAAUUAUGAUUUGUGUAACACCUUUUAGUGCCUAAAGGUAAAAUUGCCUUGGAAUGUUCACAAUCUAUUCUGUUAAGUGUUUGUAAAUAGUUGUAAAUGUGUGUGUGUCUGUAAUUGUCGUCAAGCACAUCUUACAGCAUUGUCAUUUUUCUGUAGUCUUUGUCAGAGUGUGUUUUAAUGAAAUCUCUAAUGCAUAUUUAGAGGUUUUGCAUAUUAAUAUGCAUAUUAAUGCAUAUGUGUACGUAACGUUUGCCUGAUGGGAUACCAUGAUUUUACACUGAAUGCACAAUGUUACAGGCAGCUGAUCACUGUUUAAACUUUACAGCUCUAUUACUGGCAGAUAAACUGUACUUUCAUUUCUCAAACGCUAUAAGAGAGAUUUCAUAUGACAUUUAUAACACUAGUUUGAAGAACAGCUCACAGCACAUUUUAGGAAAAGAAACUAUUGGUGCGUUUAUUAUAUUAACUCUGAGAUUUGUAUUAUUUAUAUUUUACUAUUAGUUGUUUACAUCUGAGGCAGGGAAGAUAUUCAAAGUUCAUGUGUACAAUUACUACAGUUGUCAAACUUGUUUUUAUCACACUUGUACGCUAUGAAAAAACUAAACACUGUUUGACAAUAUGAAAUAUCUCUGAGAAGUUAACAUGCAACACCUGAGGAUAUGCAUUCAAGUUAUUGAUUUAUGAGUUUAUUACUAACAAUCAUUCACUUUUCAUACUGUAGAGUAUGACAGGUUUACAUUUGCUCAGUUUAGCAUGUGACAAGUUUUACUGUACUGCAUUGCCCAAGCUGUUAGUACGUUGCAAAAGUCGUAUUGAAUUGAUGUCAGUGGUGUGCAUUCUGUGUAUUCUGUUCAGCUGAAUGUCUGUGGUCCAAAGUAGAUCUUAUAUAUAUAAAUAUAAAUAUAUUAUAUUGUAUAUGUUGAUUUUUUGCUCUCAACUUAAUAGUCUUCAUUGAUAAUAUUCAUUUAUCAACAUGUUUAUGAAAAUAAAAUGUCUUUGUUGAAUAUGCCCAGGAAA